CUUCCCACCUCCGUCCCUCAGCUCGUGCCUCGUUAUUUUUCUCGCAGCUCGCGCAGGCUUCGCAGAGCGAUUUUUCUUAGAUUCCUUGAUAUCUCUGCUGUGCACAGCCCCUAGACCAACAGUGUUGAUUGCCUGAUUGUUCAGAGCCUCGACCGACAUAGCGACCGCAAAGCGCUUAUUGGCACCAAACUUGUUUUACUCCGUGGCAGACCAUAGAGUCAAGAACACCAAACCACCAUCGCUCGGACGAAUUACGGUCAACCGUGUUCUCGACCAUUUGUUGGCCUGUCAAUAGCUCAAUCACAUUUCCCGAAGCGCCUCUGGUCAGCACAACCCUGCCUGGGAGGUUGACUAUUAGUCGGCCUGCUUCCCAACACCCGUCUGCUUCCUUCUCAUCGUUGUCUAUACAAGUGCUCCCGAGCUGGUCCUCGACGACAUAGCAAAAGACACAAAAGAUAUCUCUCUCCACGGUGGUCGACUUCUUAUAUAUCCCAAGAUAGGUGUUGACCGUCUCACGUCAGCAUUUGCCGCUACUCCCCCAGCCCGAGUCCGCAUCUUGGGGAAUCCUUGUCCUACCAUCACCCGCAACGAGAAAUAGCCUUAACAAGAGCGAUGUCACCUUCCCACUUCGCACCAGUAUCGCCUAUCGAUAUCACCGUCAACACUAAAUCUUUUCGCCCGGCGGGGUCUGCAUUUGACGAACUCGACGAGAAAUCUGAAGUCAAGGUGACAACUAGGUCACUCCGAACCAACUCUACUGCUUCCUCCACAAGGUCGACUAGGAACCAGGUUCGGAAGACUCGCUUUGCAGAAGCGACGUCGGUCUUUUCACCGGCAUCCGGCCCUGGUGAACACAAUUCACCUUUCGCGGAUCCAAAGAUGGACGCCCUCAAGCCUUCAGAUGUUGGCUUCGGCUACAUCUCAGACACCCAGCCUGUCGAGCAAUUCAUCACCGUUCGAAGUGACCCCAAUGGCACUGCCGGUGCCCCUCUCAAGUCUGCUUUGAAGACGCCUGGGACGUCGAACCGGCUCUUGAAUCCAUUGAGCCCUACCUUCCGCGAAGAACAAAUGCUCGAGAAGGAAGAAUUGAAGACCGAUGAACAACAGGCCAAAGAUCUGAAAGUCAAGACCCGCGUGCGCAUGGCCAAGAUGGUCCUCCGAGGCGUCAACUUUUCCUGCUCGCUCAUCGUCCUCGCGAUGCUCAGCACUGUCCUGACCAUUUUCCACGCCACCAAGUCCAUCCCACCGAGAAACAACCUGACGGCAUGGGCACCCAAGCAGAAAAUCUGGCCGCAGAUCGUCGUCCUGAGCAUCUCCAGCGUCUCCCUCCUCUUCUCAAUCAUUGUCAUCUUGGCGUACUGCCGCAGAGGCCACAAGAGAGCCGAGAAGGUCGCCGUCUACUAUACCAUGUUCGCCGUGGGUUGGUUCUUGUUCAGCAUCAUCAUGUGGUUGGUGGGCGCAGGCAUCCUGCACGGAAGCAAGGCCAACGGCGGCGGCGUCGACAUGUGGGGCUGGAGCUGCAAGGACAACAAACGCCGGGACUUGUUCAAGGACGACGUCCACUACGCACUCGUCUGCCGGUUGCAGGACUGGUCGCUCAUCUGCUGCAUCAUCGAGGUCGUGGUCGAGGUCAUCGUCAUCGCCAUCUACGGGAUCGUGUUCUACCGCUUCUGGUCCAAGAACCGGCUCCGGAAGUCCAUGGACGCCCGCGACCGCGCCCGCACCGACCUGUACCUCGCCCAGCUGCGCACGCAGUCGGCGCCAAACACCCCCGGCUUCGCCAGCGUCCAGACCCCGCGGACGCCCGGCUUCCCUUCACAGCAUCACGCUCCGCCUUCGCUCCACUCUCCCCGGGGCGCCGCAGACGGCCUGGGGGCGCGUUCGCAGUCGCCCGCCCAGUUCGCCAACGUGUCGCCGCAGUCGAACACGACGACCUCGCCGUUCAGGUUGCAGGCACCGCCGAUCCGCGUGCACGGCGCGACGCCCAAGAUGCCGUCCACCGACAAUUUCCAGAGGCGGGCCCUGACGUCGUCACCGCCGCCGCGAGCUCCCACGUCUCCGCCUCCCGAGGACAGAGUGCACGAGCACUUCGGCGCCGCCCCGGGGGAGCAGACGUACGACGCCGUUCCCAUCCCCGGGGCUUACGUCCCGCCGUCCCAGCAACAGCAACAGCGCGGGGGACAGACUCCGCCCGGUCAGGCCUAUUGAUCCUGGACCUAUUCCUGGAAACCCCCUUUGUGCGUGGACGAGGCGCCUGACGGUAGGAUAAUAGGACUUGGGAUUCGGAGUACGGAGCCGAUUUGUGGGGAGUGGUCGUCGGAAUUCGACAAAAGGUACCACCCAGUACGAGACUACGGGUAACUAUUCAAAGGAAAAAAAAUGCAAACAAGUACCAUGGGUUUACCUUGAACUUGGGAACGUGGGUCGUCUCGUUCUGAUUGGGAUCUUCAUCCAAGCGUUCCUGAUCCGAUCCUGUCCAAGGCUGACGGUAUGCCUCGCGAAUACCGCCUUCAUCUUAUUUUUCUUCUUUACUUUCUUUUUUCUAUUUUCUUCUCAAUCUUCGUAUCUACACACCGACAAAACACAAACACACAGACGUCAAACCAUAUCUAUAUCAAAGCAUCGGGGGCCAGGAGCAGGAGCAGGAGCAGGAGCAGGAGCAGAAG